AUGAAGGUCACCUUCAAGGAUCUCAAGCAGCAGAAGUUUACGCUCGAUGUCGAGCCCACUGAUCUCGUGUCUGCCGUGAAGCAGAGAAUCUCUGAGGAGAAGGGGUGGGAUCCGAAGGCCCAGAAACUCAUCUACUCGGGCAAGAUCCUCAAGGAUGACGAUACAGUCGAGAGCUACAAGAUUGAGGAGAAGGGGUUCGUUGUUUGCAUGGUGAACAAGCCCAAGCCUGCUGCGGCAGCUGCUGCCUCAUCAAGCUCCGCCAAUGUUCCCGAGACGCCUGCCCGAGCCCCCGCUGCAACUCCAGCUGCCCCUGCUGCGCCCUCACAUGCCGCCAGUGGCGCUGCUGCUGCACCUGCGACUCCCACCCCGGCCGGCGCGACUGAGGCUCCAAGUGGCAACGACCCCAGUGGCAUGGCCAUGGGCGCUGAGCGAGCCGCAGUCAUUGCCAACAUGGAGGCUAUGGGAUUCGAGCGUGCACAGAUCGAUGCUGCCAUGCGUGCCGCAUUCUUUAACCCCGACCGCGCUGUCGAAUAUCUGCUGAACGGUAUUCCUGAGAGCGCUCGCCAACAGGCUCCACAGCAGGCCCCGGCCCAGGCAGCUCCUGCGCAAGCUUCCGCCAUCGCCCCUGCAGCCCCUGCCGCCGCUCAAGGCGAGGAAGGUGGUUCGGUCAACCUAUUUGAUCUUGCUGCACAACAGCAAGGCCGAGGCGGAGCUCGUGGAGGAGCGGGGGCUGCUGGAGCUGCUUCUAUCGGGGCAGCAGCUGCUGCCGCUGCCGGUGGACGGGAUCUUGGCAACCUGGACUUCUUGCGCAACAAUGCUCAGUUCCAACAGCUUCGACAGGUCGUCCAACAGCAACCCCAGAUGCUUGAGCCCAUUCUUCAGCAACUCGGCGCCGGCAAUCCUCAGCUCGCCCAACUCAUCUCGUCGAACCCCGACCAGUUCCUGAGCUUGUUGGGGGAGGAUGCCGACGAGGAUGCGGCUCUCCCUCCAGGUGCCCAGACAAUCAGUGUCACCCCUGAGGAGCAUGAUGCCAUUGAUCGAUUGUGUCGCUUGGGCUUUAGCCAAGAGCAAGCCAUUCAGGCGUACUUCGCCUGUGACAAGAAUGAGGAGCUGGCAGCGAAUUUUUUGUUUGACCAGCCCGAGGACGAUGAUCCGUCUCAAGCUUAG